AUGUCUACCAGGUGGAUUUCAGUUCUGCUGCUGCUGCUACAGCUCAGUUGCCACUUCAGCGCCGUGGGAUGUGGAAAGGUGUUGGUGUGGCCGAUGGAUUUCAGUCACUGGAUCAAUAUGAAGCUCAUCCUGGAUGAACUGGUGCAGAGGGGACAUGAGGUGACUGUUCUCAAAUCUUCAGUUUCUGUUCUGCUUGAUCACAGUGAAUCUUCAGCUAUUGAGUAUGAGACUUUUCCUGCAUCCAUACCCAAAGAUGUGUAUGAGAAGACUUUCUCGAAUGAUAUAAUGAAACAUGUUUAUGAAUUACAUAAAUAUUCAUUUUGGAAUUUUUUUUCAAAACUUCAACAAAUGCAAUAUGAAGUUUCUGAUUUUUUUCAAAUUAUGUGUAGGGAUGCAGUUUUAAAUAAAAAACUUGUGACAAAGCUGAAAGAAUCGAGGUUUGAUGUUAUUUUUGCAGAUGCCCUGUGUCCCUGUGGUGAGCUGCUGGCUGAGCUACUUAAAGUCCCCUUUCUGUACACACACCGACUCUUUCUAGGCUACAAGUAUGAAAAGUACAGCGGAGGACUUUUGUUUCCCCCUUCCUAUGUGCCUACCACCAUGUCGGAAUUAACUGAUAAAAUGACAUUCAUGGAGAGAGUAAAAAAUAUGCUAUAUGUGCUUUAUUUUGACUUUUGGCUUCAAAUUUAUAAUGAGAAGAAAUGGGAUCAAUUUUACAGUGAAGUGCUGGGAAGACCCACUAAACUAACUGAAUUAAUGGGGAAAGCUGAAAUGUGGCUCAUUAGAACCUAUUGGGACCUGGAAUUUCCUCGCCCACUCUUACCAAGUGUUGAUUUUGUUGGAGGGCUCCACUGCAGACCUGCCAAACCCCUGCCUAAGGAGUUGGAAGACUUUGUUCAGAGCUCUGAAAAGGAGGGAGUUGUGUUGUUUUCUCUGGGCUCAAUGAUCAGUAACCUGACAGAAGAGAGGGCCAAUGUGAUCGCAUCAGCGCUUGCCCAGCUUCCACAAAAGGUUCUGUGGAGAUACAAUGGCAAGAAACCGGGUACCUUAGGACCCAACACUCAGCUCCUUCCUUGGAUUCCUCAGAAUGACCUUCUCGGUCACCCGAAAACCAGAGCUUUCAUCACUCAUGGUGGAACCAACGGCAUCUAUGAGGCGAUUCACCAUGGUGUGCCCUUGGUGGGCAUUCCUUUGUUUGGGGAUCAGUUUGAUAACAUCGCUCAGAUGAAGGCCAAGGGAGCUGCUGUUAAAGUCAACCUAAUCACAAUGUCAAGUGCAGAUUUGCUCAGUGCAGUGAAGAUAGUCAUUAAUGAUCCUUCAUAUAAAGAGAAUGCGAUGACAUUAUCACGGAUUCACCACGAUCAGCCCAUGAAGCUCCUGGACCGAGCUGUCUUCUGGAUCGAGCAUGUCAUGCGCCACAAAGGAGCCAAACACCUUCGGGUUGCAGCCCACGACCUCACCUGGUACCAGUACCACUCUCUGGAUGUGAUUGGGUUCCUGCUGGCCUGUGUGGCCACUGCUGCACUCAUCAUCAUAAAAUGCUGUCUCUUUUGUUACCGGAUGCUUGUUAAAACUGUUAAGAGCAAAAGGGACUAG